UGAUACUUUCUGUCAACCAGUGACGUAUAAAAAACAAAGUUGAAAUAAUCGUAACAAUAGGCGCAAAAAUGUCGGGUAUAAGUUAAUAUUUGAUAUAUAAAAAGCACGUUUCGUUAACGUUAGUUCAACCACAAGUAUAUCGUUCAUCAAUUGUAAUCAGAUUGUUCAUUUCGGUUUCAUAACCUUUUCGAACUUGAAAUGUUUGCUGCACUAAAGCUAACAAGUAGAUUUACGUAUAUAUAAAAAUACUAUCUCAAGGAUUAUGUUUUAUUAUUUGAAAUGAAUAGAGAAGUUUCUAAUAAUCGAGGUCAAAAUAAAUUUAGGCGAUAAAAUCAAUCAUAUUUGAUGGAACUUUCUAGAACUUGUAGUAAUUAGCACUAGUUAUAGAAAAUUAAAAAUCUAAAGUAAUUAAAAAGUCUAAAAGUAUUCAGUUACAUAAAUAAUCAUACAGCCCUGUGUUGCAACUCAUGUAGUCAACACAACCAACUCCGAAUAAUGACAUAUACACGAAUGAUGUCUGCUCCAUUUGCAAUUGACGUUUUAUCUUUGUAUUAUAAUUUUAAGUGAACGAUAAUGAAUUAAACGAUUAACUACUCGCCGUAUAUUUUGUGUUAGACUGUCGUUGAUAGAAAACUAUAUAAGUCGUGAACGAAGAUUGUGUAAAAUAAAAAAGUAUGUGCGACAGAUGAAAGGAAAAGAAAAGCACAGCUAGACUAAAGGUUCGUGCGUGCAUUUGUUUUGUUACUGUGUGAUGCGACGAAGAAAAGAAAGGGAGAAAAAAGGAAGAAAAAGAUAGAAUAAAACAUUGGGUGAGCAAGAGGAAGGGGCUAAAAAAGAUGGCCGUCUCGAAACAUAUGACAAAGAACGGCGGGCAACCGCCGCUGCCGAAAAGAAUUUUCGCGGAACGUGUUUUACGAUAUCGUUGAUUCGACGUCCUCGUGUCGAGGUGUGGUGUUUAUUCGUAUAAAGGGAUCGUGGCUACAAAAGUCAGUGAUCCUGUUAGCAAAAGAGCCAUGACUACGUGUAAAGAAUGGGCUCGAUCGCAUCGGUGUUGCAGUGGCAUUGCUCGGAGUGCGCUCUGAUAAAUCCAACGGAGAGCACGCGAUGCGCCAGGUGUGGCCUUACUCGGCUUAAGAGUGAUGAAAAAGCAAACUUCAGGCUAAGCCUGAGCUUGGAACACAAAGUUCCACGGCAAAAAGGUGAAAAAAAGAAAAGGGACAACGAGGAAUGUAAUACUUCCUCAGUGUCCGCUCCGCCGACACCUUCGUUGAAAGUCCGCCUGGAUAAACCAACAGCGGACGAUACGCGUCUGGCGGUUAAUGAAUACGUCAAAACCGAUCUCAUACAUCGCUCAGAAGGAAAUUUAAGUGUACCUAAUAAUCAUACAAGCAAAUCUCAUCAUGACCUAUGGAAUGGAAGGUGUUAUAAAAAGGAGCCAAUUAAGCGAUCUUCUUCUCUACCUUCAGUAGUAACACAAUGGACUUGCGUUCGUUGUUUAUCAGAGAACAGUUGCAGUUCAGCUGUAACUUGUGUAGUUUGCGAUGCUAAUUAUUCAAUAUCUAAAACUGAUAAAAAGCAGAUCGGAGCGCGUAAAAGUAGAAAAUUAAAUUUACGGAAAACGAAUCGUCUGAAAACCACAUCUGAGCUUUUAGCAAAUAUUUUGGAUGGUUUUAACGCGACAAGUAUAUCUAUAAAUAAUGCAAGAGAUAUUAAUAAAGCGUUUCGUUUAUGUUCGACAGAUAUGGCACAAUUAACGAGUAUAAGUCGUAAUGAAAGGAGACAAAUCGACAGGGAAGAUUGGACUUUACCACCGAUAGAGACCAUGGAUUCUACUACACUUUCCUAUACGAAUACCAGCAAUACCUCUCAGCGUUCACCAAAAAGACAUAGUCCUUCGAUAUACGAACGAGUUAAAUCUAAAGUUAGUCGCUCUCUAUCUAAUGGCUCUGUUGUACAUAAAUUAUCGGAACAUUCUACUCAAAGACCAACAAGUUUAGUAGUAACAGAUUCCCAGCAAGACGAUGCCCUUUGGAGUUGCGACAAUUGCACUCUCGACAAUGCACCUGGCCUAGAACAGUGCGAGGCGUGCGAAGCUCCUAGAAGUCCAGCGCCUUGCAGCGGAGUAGUUAUCAGUGUACCUGCUUGGGAACCCCGUGCUUUAUCUUCUGCAAGUGCACUAUCUUAUAGACGAUCGUUUUCCGACAUUGAAUCUGUUGCACAUGUAGCUGAAAAAAAAAUUGUCAAUCGUAGAAGUCUGAACGAAGAUGAGCCUCCGGCGGUACCACCACAUUCGGUUGGUUUCAGUACAAGGCCAAAGUACUCUUACAUUGGAAUUACCGAUCCCGAUAUACCGCCACCGUUACCAAAAAAGCAGAAUAGUAAAUUGGGUCUUGUACCGACAAAAGCGCAUAGCGAGGCAGCUAGUCCUGUUGGAGAUGUACCUAAUAUAAGCUCUCUAAAGCGUAUGUGGACAUGUCGGAAAUGUUCUUACGCGUAUAAUCCUCUGUGGUCGGCUGGUUGCGAUAUAUGCGAAUCAUCUCGAUCACCACCUUCGCUAACACAGCCUAGUUUAAUAACAGUCACAAAAGAUGAAACAAGUUGUUCCAUGCAUACACAGUCUCCGAUCGUUGUAUCUAGAGAUAGCGUUAGAUACAUUCCACAGAAAACUGCUACAUUGGCCACGGCUGAAUCCGAUUUAGACGAUCAGAUCGACCCACCUUCGCCUGUAUGGACUUGUAAAAAAUGUACCCUCUUAAAUGCCGCUUCGAGAACAACGUGCGAAGCGUGCGGUGGCUCGAAAUUAAAAAGUAUUAUGCAUUUAGAAGAUGCAACGUUACGGAAAGGCGAGAGUUGGGUAUGCCCGUCGUGUACAUUAAGAAAUCCGCUAUCAGCACAAACCUGUAACGCUUGUAAAACGUUGGCUGAUUUUCUGGAAGUACCGAAAGAUAGUAGAUUCUUCGGCUCGAGAAGUCCAAGUCCAAGGCUUUGUUCGACUCCUAUAAACUCAAAAGUUGUUACUCCGAGACACAGAAAUUCUGUUAGGAGAAAUGGUUCUUCGAUUGGGGAUAAGAGACAUUCAAGGAUUAAAGAUUCUACUCAUGGUCAAUGGCAGUGUAGACUGUGUACAUAUGAAAAUAAGACUACUAAUGGAAUCUGUGAAAUGUGCCAAAUCUCAAAAAAUUUAUCUCAGCUACUGGGUGAAAGGCCUAGAAUUAUCGAAUCUGGCACAAGCACGCUCACAAUACAACGUCAGGAAAGUGUAGUUAUGGAAAAUUUAAGACAACUUGAAGAACGAGAAGCGUUGGAGAAAUGGGAACGAAUUGUUCGAUAUUGCAAAGAGACGAACGAACCUUUUGUCGACGACUCGUUUCCACCGGCUCCAAAAUCAUUGUAUUAUAAUCCAGCAGAAACGAAAGACAACCAUGUUGUUCAAUGGAGAAGGCCUCAUCAAAUUAACGUUGAUUCUACUGUCGAUUCCAAACUGCCUUGGGCUGUUUUUAGAACACCCUUACCUUCUGAUAUCUCACAAGGUGUAUUAGGAAAUUGUUGGCUACUUUCGGCUUUAGCUGUUCUAGCUGAAAGUGAUGAACUUGUAAAGAGAGUAUUAGUAAUGAGAGAAACGUGUCCAGAAGGAGCUUAUCAAGUAAGAUUGUGUAAAGAUGGAAAAUGGACCACAGUACUCGUUGAUGACUUGUUACCCUGUGAUAAAAGAGGCCAUCUAGUAUAUUCUCAGGCCAAAAGAAAACAACUUUGGGUUCCGUUAAUUGAAAAAGCAGUGGCUAAAAUUCAUGGUUGCUACGAAGCUUUAGUAUCUGGACGUGCUAUAGAAGGUUUAGCUACACUUACAGGUGCUCCUUGCGAAAGUGUGCCUUUGCAACCAUCUGCUUUGCCGAGCGAAGAUGAACUUGACAGGGAUUUAAUAUGGGCGCAACUUUUGUCUUCGAGGCAAGCUAUGUUUUUAAUGGGUGCUAGUUGUGGAGGAGGCAAUAUGAAAGUCGACGAGGAGGAGUAUCAACGUAAAGGUUUAAGACCAAGGCAUGCCUACUCUGUUCUCGAUGUGCGAGAUGUACAGGGAAUAAGACUGUUGAGACUGCGUAAUCCUUGGGGUCAUUAUAGCUGGAAGGGUGAUUGGUCUGAUGAUAGUCCUAUAUGGACGCCGCAGUUAAGAGAAAUGCUUAUGCCGCAUGGUGCAUCCGACGGGGUUUUUUGGAUUUCCUUCGACGAUGUGUUAAAAUAUUUCGAUUGUAUUGAUAUUUGUAAAACUAGAGUUGGAUGGAGCGAAGUUAGAUUACGUGGAACACUUCCGCCUUUAUCUUCUCUUCGACAUUUAUCCUGUGUACUUCUAACAGUAUUGGAACCUACUGAAACGGAAUUCACGUUAUUUCAAGAAGGACAAAGGAAUUCGGAAAAAUCGCAACGAUCUCAGUUGGAUUUGUGUGUAGUUGUUUUUCGUACACGUUCACCAGCAGCACCGGAAGUUGGAAGAUUAGUAGAGCAUAGUAAACGACAAGUACGUGGGUUUGUUGGAUGUCACAAAAUGCUAGAAAGGGAUUUGUAUAUUGUUGUAUGUUUAGCAUUCAAUCAUUGGCAUACAGGAAUGGAAGAUACUUCCAGUUAUCCUGAAUAUGUUCUUGCCAUUCAUAGCUCAAAAAGACUUUUAGUUGAACAAAUUUCUCCACCGGCGUUCGUCUUAGCCGAUGCUAUUAUAAGUUUAACUCUAGCAAAGGGACAGCGGCACGAAGGAAGGGAAGGAAUGACUGCUUAUUACUUAACUAAAGGCUGGGCUGGACUUGUAGUAAUGGUAGAAAAUCGUCAUGUAAAUAAAUGGAUUCAUGUAAAAUGUGACUGCCAUGAAAGCUAUAAUGUCGUGUCCACUAGAGGACAACUCAGAACUGCCGAUAGUGUUCCCCCGCUUCACAGACAGGUCAUCAUAGUUUUAACACAGUUGGAAGGUAGUGGAGGUUUUUCAAUAGCACAUCGACUUACGCACAGAUUAGCUAACAGUGGAAAUUUACAUGACUGGGGCCCGCCGGAUACUCAACAUUGUCCUCAAAUUGACACCGAAGUCGAGGGUUUACACAGCCCUCGUUUAAUCACGUGAACAAGUUAAAAGUGAUUCACAAGAGGAUAGGACAAUGUUUAAACGUAUCGUUUGUCAAGUAAGAGAUUUAUUAUGUACUCGUGAUAUUCAGAAAUUUAUUAAAACCAAAGCAAGCUAGAAAGAUUUUCGGUACAGACUCGAAUCGCGUGCCGGAAGUCGUAACACAUUUUGUGCUUUCUAGCUAUUCGUAUUAUAUGAAAAAAAAAAAAAAUUUUUAGCAUUAUGACAAGCUCACUAUUGGAUAUAAUACAAUAAUUAAUGAUUAAUAUACACAAUGAUUCUGAGAUCAGUGGUUAGAAAUAUUUUUUUUUAAUUAGAUAGAAAUUAUUCAUUAGAACUAAUGAAAAUGGAAUAUACUUUGAAACUUGCGUGCAAAUUAAGCAUUUCUACGGGAACCAUUGAUCCAUAAAGAAGACUUAAGAAAAAUUAAAUAUUUAUGGAAGAACAAAUUAAACACAUUGCUUGUUAUAUAAAACAAAAAAAAAAAAAUUAUUUUCUCAAUGUAACAUAUAAGCAUCAUAAAAAAUAACAAAGCGUAACAGUUAUACAGUAAUAAUAUGUAAAAUGAAAUAAGUAACAGCCAUUAAUGAUGUAUAAAAAAAAAAGAACAUAUACACUCUUUUUGGAAUUGCUUAGUGUAUGAUAUAACUAUGGGUCGAAAUAUUUUCAGUUUUCACAUCUUACAAAAGUCGAUCCUUUUUUCGAAUACAUCAAGCCAUAUUCAGAACCCGCAUUUAAAAAGAUACAUACAAUAUAUCGUGCAUCGUUGAAAACAAUUGUUACUGACAAUGUUUAAAAUUUGUCUGAUCUAUAAAUGGGGAGUUAAGAAAAGAAUUCUUUGAUUGCUUAAAUGAGGAUUUUUGAAUAUCGGCCAGGUUGUAAAACUUAUUUCCUGUAUGCUUUUGUUAUUUCAAUUUUUUAACUGGAUGAAGUGCUUGUGCUACAAAUGGAUGCAGCGUGUAGCUACAGAACCAAAAAUCUCUCUUGAAAGUUUUACAGUAUAUUGACGCGUUCACUGCCAUUCUGUGUAAUGUACAUUUGACUUUAUUAUUGUUAAAUAUUUCUGUAGUAAAUUAUUAUCAUCUUCAUGGUUGCUAAUUGUUGUAAGUACCUUUUAGUUCAUUCAUAAUACAUAUCUUGCAUUUUAUGCAUACGCAAGCGUGGCAGUUAACGGGUUAGUCAGUUUUAUAGGUGAUGUAUAUUUUAUAAUCAUGACAUUGGAAUAGGUAUCUACAAGUGUGCACGGGUUUUUCUUUUUACAUUUACACAGUUAUGUUUUAUUUCUAAAAAAAAUUAUCAAAUAACGAAGAUAUCACUUUUUUUUUUUAAUUUUAAAUAAGGGGUCAUUACUUAAAAUUACAUUCCCUCUUUUAAACGAUAAAAUGACCAUACAAUCAUGAUGAAUGGAUGUUAAAUAUAUAGUUUUCUUUGUUAUAAAACUAUUUAAAUUACCGCAAAUUAUUAUAUUGGUUUUUUAAUUUAAUGUUAAGAGUUUAUAAAAGAAUUAGAGUAAAUUAAAUAUCUUCGUUAUUGUUAAAUGCUGUUCGACAUUCAAAUAUAUUAAAUGCAAUGUAUGUCAACUUACUUUUAGCUAUUUCUUUGCACGUACUAGGCAGAGUGUUAAUAUAAGUGAAGAUCUCCGUACUAAAUUUACGCGCUAAAACAAUGAGAAAAUUUGUAUAAUCUUGUAUCUAGAGUUGUUUGAGUACUUGAAAUACUCGAUAUAACUUGCAAUGAAAAUUCAAUUAAAAGGCAGAGUUGUGUAUAAAAUUAUACAUUUUCCGUGUGUAAAUUAAAAAAAUGAAUGUGUUGUUUUAAUUGUUGUAUUAAUUUAAAAGGUAUAUCUAAUAUUUAUUGAUAUUUUUUAUAGAGGAUAAUUUAAAAAAAUGAGUAAACACUUGCAGAUACAAGUUUAUAUCAGUGUUUCUUUGGUAUUUAUUCGUAUGAAAUUUCAGCGAAUAUUCGAUUUAAUAUGGGUAGCUCAAUAUUUUGGCUUUAAUGUUAAACUGCCAUGUUCUGAGUAAUGAUAAAAUUGGCACUGAAACAUUCUUUUUAAUGGCAGUUGGAUCUGAUUGAAAGUUUAAUAUUUUGUAUGUAUAUUAAAUGUGGUGAUGUGACAAUAUCUAAUGCUGUGAUCAGCCAAUGACGAAUUUUGUCAUUAAAAUGUCAGUUAAGAAAUGUCCUGUUAAAUGAAAAGGCAGCGUGUGUAUUAUUUCAAUAAUAGUACAAAAUGACUAUUUAUACUAAGUGCAUUUGUUUUAUUCAAAUGCAACAGAAAGAAACAAGUUAUACAUAUGAGCAUUGUGAGACUUAAUUGGCAUUAGCUCUUUUUAAAAUUAGAUGAAUUACACAUUAAUAUGGAUAUAUAAACUACAAGUGAAACAUUCCUUACAUUUACUUCUUUUUUUAAUAUUUACAUUAAUAUUAACAUAUUCUGGUUCUAACAUACUUAAUUCCUAUUUUUCGAAAUUUAAAGCAAAAGCAAUAUAAAGUUUCUGACUUUCUAUUUAGAUUUUUAAACAAACGGAUCUAAUUAUCAUUUAAACAUGGCCUAAUAAUUCAAAGUUAGUUUUCUAUCGAUUCGUUAUUAAAAAAAAAAAAAAAAAAAAUCCAGCUAUUACUGUAGACUCUAUAUUGAAUGGCCUUCAUUUACAGACAAAAGCAUUUAAUACAACACGAUAACUUUCUAAAAUUAGCAGAUACAUUAAAUUACCCCAAUUAAUUUAGUUCUAAUCAACAGAUUCGACUGCUAUGUGUGAACUGGUAAUUCGAAACAUUAAUUCAGUUAUGUAAUUGUUAAGAAUUUUAGUAUAUGUAUGGUUGCUGCACAUGCACAAAUUCAAAUACAACAACCAUAAGAUAGAAUAUUUGAUUACUCCUGCUUGUCUUACAACAUAACUUGCAUCUGCAUAAUAUUGAAGUAAAUUAUUUUUAAAUGAACCUUAGUGCCAUACCAAAGCAUAAGAAGAAACCAGAAAUGGAUAGAUAAUUAAUCAUGAUUUUAUAGAUGCUCAUUUUGUUGUCACAAUGAUAUAGUAAUUUUUCUCAACCAAAAAAAAAAAAAAAAUACUCUAUUUUAAAUAUU